GGCGCCCCCCUAGUCACUUCGCGCGUUAGGAGGCUCGGGUCGUUGUGCUGUGCCGUCUUCCCGCCUGCGCCAGGGACCUGCCCGACUCAGUGGCCGCCAUGGCAUCAGAUGAGGGCAAGCUUUUCGUCGGAGGGCUGAGUUUUGACACCAACGAGCAGUCACUGGAGCAGGUCUUCUCAAAAUAUGGACAGAUCUCAGAAGUGGUGGUCGUGAAGGACAGGGAGACCCAGCGAUCGAGGGGCUUUGGGUUUGUCACCUUUGAGAACAUCGAUGAUGCCAAGGACGCCAUGAUGGCCAUGAACGGGAAGUCUGUGGAUGGGCGGCAGAUCCGGGUCGACCAGGCUGGCAAGUCGUCUGAUAACCGAUCUCGCGGGUACCGAGGUGGCUCUGCCGGGGGCCGGGGCUUUUUCCGCGGGGGCCGAGGCCGGGGCCGUGGGUUCUCCAGAGGAGGAGGGGACCGCGGCUACGGGGGGAGCCGGUUCGAGUCCAGGAGUGGGGGCUAUGGAGGCUCCAGAGACUACUACAGCAGCCGGAGUCAGGGUGGCAGCUGCGGUGACCGAAGCUCGGGCGGGUCCUACAGAGACAGCUACGACAGUUACGCUACACACAACGAGUAAAAAUCCUUCCUGCUCGAGAUCGUCCUUCCAAUGGCCGUAUAUUUAAAGAUUUUGGGAGCUCCGCUGAAUCGUUAAUGUGUAGUGAUCACACCUCCUUGUACCCACUUUUGUAGUCUUAUUGGUUCCGAUCUUGUCAAACACAGCCUGACUGCUUCUGGCCCCCAGAUGGCCUCGUUACUACACUUUGCUUUUUAAGGAAGCGCUGUCCGUUUUUAAGAGUCUUAAAAACGUUUUGAAGAGCACUUCCAGUUUUACUUUUACCUUUUUACCGUGAGCCAAGAGUUUUUUUUUUUUAGAAAAUCACCAGGGGUUGUGAGAGUUUUGUUUUUUGUUUUCGGUUGUGUUGCUUUUUUUCUUUUUCUUUUCAGUGGGGUCGGCCCCGUGAAGUUGGGUGCCCCGAGUCACUUCUCUUUGAGAUUGAACAGACUCUGAAUCUGCUCUUUGUCGGAAGCUGAGCAAGUUGUAGCUUUUUUCCAACUCGGUGUCACGUUUCUGAGUGUAGCGUGGUAGAACCGUGCGGGUGGCAGCAGAGCACCCGGGCUGCCCUGGCCCGGCCCGGGCGCCCACCUGUCCUGUGGGACCCACAGUAGACUUGCAGACAUCCCCGAGAGGUUCUUGAAAAUGUGUAUUUAUAUUGUCCUUUUUUGCCGGAAGACGUACGCAUAUCCCGUCAAUGUUGUAUCUGAAGUGGUGAAGGAAUUCUUGUACGCAGUUUUCUUUGGCUUCACGAAGCCGAUUAAAAGACCAUCUGAAUGAA